CAGGGCGGGGCGAAGAGCUCGAGCUCCGGCGAGGUCGGUGUGGAUCGGCUGGCCCUCCGGGCCUGAGCCGUGGCUGCGAUUCCCAGCCCGCCGCCCGGCAGAGGAGGGAAGAGAGGAAAGGGGUGGUUGGGGCGGGGCGGCGUCCGGCUCCGGGAGAGCUGGGGGAGGAGCGCGGCGGCUACGGCGGCGGCUCUAGAAGAGGAGGAGGAGGCGGCGGAGGAGCUCCUUUCCUCUUCUCAGACCCGGGAGCGUCCCGGACGCAGAGCCGGAACUGGGGGACACGGCGACUGCGGGGGCCUGGGAAUCUCCCUGGAAAAAGAGACAUGAACGUCUGCAAUGACAUUUCCUGACAAGAAGUUGAUACGAGAGAAGAAAAGGAGAUCGACAGCUAGUGAACAGAAUUUUGAAUAACCAGGAUUUUUAUAUUUAUCACCUCCAACUACAGCCUUCUGUUGCCUGUUUUUAAACCAGAGAUCACUACAAUCAGAACCAAGACAAGGCAAAAGGAUACUUUUCUUCUGUAUUUUUUGAGACUAAAAAAAACUGAAAUGUCUAGGAAACAAAACCAGAAGGAUUCAUCAGGAUUCAUUUUUGAUUUGCAGUCCAAUACUGUACUGGCCCAGGGAGGAGUUUUUGAGAACAUGAAAGAGAAGAUAAAUGCAGUACGUGCAAUAGUUCCCAAUAAGAGUAACAAUGAAAUUAUCCUGGUUUUGCAGCACUUUGAUAAUUGUGUGGACAAAACAGUGCAAGCAUUCAUGGAAGGUAGUGCCAGUGAAGUACUCAAAGAAUGGACAGUAACAGGCAAGAAAAAGAACAAAAAGAAGAAAAGCAAACCAAAACCUGCAGCAGAACCAAGUAACAGUAUCCCAGAUUCCAAUAAACUGGUUUCCAUUCAAGAGGAACAGUCUGCGCCUUCCUCAGAGAAAGGUGGUAUUAAUGGUUACCAUGUCAACGGUGCCAUCAAUGAUACUGAAUCUGUGGACUCACUCAGUGAAGGUAUGGAGGCACUUUCAAUAGAUGCCAGAGAAUUGGAGGAUCCUGAGUCUGCCACACAAGAUAUGCUGGAUAGAACAGGAUCCAUGCUGGAGAAUGGUGUCUCUGAUUUUGAGUCCAGGCCUUUGACUGUGCACUCUGCUCAGAAUUCUCAACAGAAUAGAAAUGCUGCCAAAUCUCUCUCAAGACCUGCCAUAGGACCUCAGCUUUCAAAUCUAGGAAUGGAAGGUGUUCCACUCUCUUCCACCAACAAAAAGCUAGGUUCUAAUAUUGAAAAAUCUGUGAAAGACCUCCAGCGCUGCACAGUGUCUCUUGCACGAUAUCGAGUUGUAGUUAAAGAAGAGAUGGAUGCUUCCAUUAAGAAAAUGAAACAAGCUUUUGCUGAAUUGCAGAGCUGUUUAAUGGAUCGAGAAGUGGCAUUGCUUGCUGAAAUGGACAAAGUGAAAGCUGAAGCAAUGGAAAUUUUGCUCAGCCGUCAGAAGAAAGCCGAACUUCUAAAGAAGAUGACUGAUGUGGCUGUUCGGAUGUCAGAGGAGCAGCUGGUUGAGCUCAGAGCUGAUAUCAAGCACUUUGUUAGUGAACGUAAAUAUGACGAGGAUCUGGGACGAGUGGCCCGAUUCACCUGUGAUGUAGAGACCCUAAAGAAGAACAUAGAUUCAUUUGGACAAGUGUCCCAUCCAAAGAACAGCUAUUCAACCAGAUCUCGAUGUAGCUCGGUGACAUCCGUGUCUUUGAGUAGCCCGUGUGAUGCCUCUGCUGCUUCCUCUUCCACCUGUGCCUCUGCUCCCAGCCAUACAAGUGCUAACAAGAAAAACUCGGCACCGGGGGAGACUCUUGCAACCACAGCAAACUCCAGUGGCCGGCCCUACCAGCCUCAUCGAGAGGUAUUGCCGGGGAACAGACGCGGAGGACAAGGCUACAGGCCACAAGGCCCAAAGUCCAAUGACCCCACGAACCAAGGACGACAUGACAGUGGGGGUCGUUACAGAAACAGCUCGUGGUAUUCAUCUGGUUCCAGGUACCAGAGCGCUCCAUCCCAGGCGCCAGGAAACACUAGUGAACGGGGCCAGACUCACUCUGCAGGGACCAAUGGAAUUGGAGCCAGCAUGGAGCCCGGCCCACCCAAGCCCUCAUUCAAAAAGGGGCUCCCCCAGCGCAAACCCAGGACCUCUCAGCCUGAAGCCGUGAACUCUUGAGGGAGAUUCCAGCUGGCCUGUCUCUUCUAUCCCACACAAUUCAACUUGGUAACUGGACUUUCGGAAACUUGUAGUUAGACUUAAUGACAGAAAGAAGUUUGCGCCUUCACUUUUGAUGCCAUUCUAAAUAUUUUGGUUCUUCUCUCCUCAUUUCCGCUUUACCAUUUUUUUUUUGGAAGGGAAGCUGUUUUUUCCCUUGACCUUUCCCAGUGAUAUGGAUUGAUUCUGACUGUUCAUUUCCCCCAGGAGUCACCGGCACCUGUUGCCAGGUUUCCCAAGGGUACGCAGUGUUCUUCCCAGUACCGCAGGCCUUUCAGGGGCCUGAAGAGGCCUUCCUCAGCAACCCCUACUGUCCAGGCUUUCAGGAGGAGAUGGGUCAGGCAGCUGGUCUUGCUGCCUUUCCAGUCUAAGCAGAAGCCACGCUUGCCAGUCAGGUUCCCUGUAAACAACAGCGUGACCAAGGGAGGCAAUGAGGGGGUUGUGUACUGUCCUGGGUUAGCCAGAGAAGGGGAAACUGAACGGGUGAAAAGGAAAGAACACUAGGAAACAUUUGAGAAUCUGCCUGUGCUCCCAGAACGUGCCUGAGAUUGACACUCAGAUCGGGGUUUCAGCCUCUUGCUUGGCACCAUAGCUUAGCCUGCAGUUUCUUCCAAAUGCCCCAGCCUUGUUUCCUAUUACCUUAGACUGCAAACCAGUCUAGGGAAGUCUAUGGGAAAGUAGCAUUUAAUUAAAGGAAAAAAAAGUCUUUCUUCGUUCAGUGUUUGAAGAUUUUUGUUGUUGUUCUCCCUCUUUCCUGAUUCCUAUUCUGACCCUGAACCAAAUUUAUAGCAAUAUAAUUUGUGUUAAUCUAAGGUGUUAACCAUCAAAAAAUUGCCUCUGUCAAUCUUUAGAGUUGAAUAAAUAAAAACAACUGCAUAA